AAUAGCCGAAGAUAACACGAGACCUUUCUUCUUCGAUGCCGAAAAAACUGUUCUUAUUUCCACCGUCCAAUACACUUGGUUUACUCUCACACUAUAAUCUCAACUUGUUCUUGUUUCUCAACGAUUAUCUUAGUCCUUUUAUGCUGAAUACAGCGAUCCAAAACUGUUUUUAUUUAGUCGUUGUUGCGUUGAAAGCCGGUGACUUGAGUUGUCGAUAGAGAUCUGAUCUUGGAUUAUCCUCUUUCUUCCUUGUUUAUGGACUUGGACAGAAAUCUUUCCUGGUUUCAUCGUAAGCUUGGAAGAUAUGACAAGGCUCUAUGGGAAAGAACCUUUGAAGAACAAGAACAAGAACAGAGCUCUGUUAUCAUAACAAAGAAACCAGGAAAUCUGAGACCAGAGCUUAUUGAUGUUGAUUUAGUUGUUGGAUCAACAUUUCACAAAGCCAAACCAGUGCACACAUGGCUUGCUGUUGCCAAGAAAGGUCUUCUUAGAGUUAUAUUUUAUCCUUAUUAUCACUCCUGGUGGAGGCAGCAAACAUCUCCAAAAAUAUGGCUACUUUUCCUGUUUCUCUAUUUCUUUGAGAUCUUGGCUCUAGUUAUUUAUUUUUUCAGUAGUUCUGACAGUAUUAAGAUUGUAUCAUGGACAGAAGUCUAUGGACCAGCAUUGAUAAUGGUCCUAUUAGGAACUCUUCAUUUUCACAUGGUGUCCACUGAUCAUGCUGAAAACAUCAGACGAAGUAGAAAAACAAAACAAAUUAAAAAACGUCGUGUAAGCCGGCCAAAACGAAUGUCUGAUAAAAGUGGUUCACCUCAAGCCAAUGGUAAAGAUGUAAGCAAUGGGUUACCUGUUUAUGAGCACAAGAGUGAAGAAGUGCCUAACAAUAUAAGAAAAAGAAAGGUGGCUCCAAAAGGAAGUGAAGAAGCACAAGGUACGACACAGCCUCCAAAUGAUGGAAUAAAGUUUUGUGAUUUUGGCUCAGUGGAAUCCAAGGAGCAAGAGCAUUCAGAGGAUGAUGCCAGCGAGAGCAGUGAUUCUACUGCAGCAUCGACAAGUGACAGUGAUGUGAGUGAUACAGUGGAGAUGGAAAGUAUUAAUGAAGAAGAUCCCUUUGCCUGCGUCAAGAAAAUAGACCAAAUUGGAGAUGAGACUACCCCAAACCUACCUACUGCUGAAAUAGUGAUGGUUUCUGUUUGGGAAGGAGAGCAGUGUAAGAAGGCACACAUGACCUUGAUGGAAAUCAGUGCUGCUAUUGUAAAUAAAGUGGACAUGCACAAGGGUAAUAAUGGCUACAUACACUUCAGUUGUUUUGUUUCUAUUCUACUUGGCAUUGUACCACUGUUAUUCAGGAUCUAUGAAAUGAAGGCCUUUUCAUCAUACACCUCUGAGGAACUGUUCAGUGCACUGUUUGGCUACACUAUCUGGUCAAGGAUUGUAGUGGUGGUUGGUAUUUUAGAGAGAAUCGUUCUGUGCUUUUCAUUUCUAUUUCUUCUGUGUGUAGCAGAACGCUCCUACAGAGAGCGCUGCUUAUAUGCCAAGUUGUUUGGCUGGCUAACCUCAUCUCGUAAAGCAAGGAGAGCUGGACUCCCACACUUCAGGCUACACAAAGUGCGCAAUAUUAAAACAUGGCUGUCACUAAGAGCACUACUAAAGCGCCGUGGCCCCCAGAGAUCGGUAGAUAUGAUCGUAUCUUCGUCUUUCCUGCUUGGGAUUGCAUUAGUGAUAGUCAUGUGUGCUCAGCUUUUAAAAGGCACUGAAAAGGAACGGUUUCCAUCUUUAAUGUUCAACUGGGAAGUUUCUGUCUGGGGACUGGUCCUUUCCAUCUAUGUGCUGAGGUUCAUGACUCUUGGUUCUAAAAUCAAUCACAAAUACAGGAAUACUUCAGUUGUCUUGACUGAACAGAUAAAUCUUUACCUACAAAUGGAGAGAUCUCCUCACAAGAAAGAUGAGCUGAUGAUUGCACACCAUGUAUUGAAACUUGCUGCUAAAUUAUUAAAGGAAAUCGAGAGUCCCUUCAAGUUAUCAGGGUUAUCUAUGAACCCUCUUCUGUAUAACAUUACCAGAGUGGUGGUAUUGUCUUUGUUUUCUGGUGUCAUGUCUGAUCUGCUAGGAUUCAGAUUAAAGGUGUGGAAAAUCAGAGCUUGAAAACUUGUUUAUAAUGCAAGCCUUAUCAUAGUUAAUAUAUAUUAGAUAUAUUAUUAUUCCCCUUAUAGAAAUGAAGGAUUAUUACGAAAUGUUUACUAGGAUAAAUCACAAGAGAAAUAUUUGACAGUGAUUCGAUUUAAGGAUCUUUGAGGCAAAAUCUAAUGCGUAGUUCCAGAAUAUAUCCAUAUCCCUACCACGAAAAGAUUUUGGUAAGACGUGGAAAGGGGUUGACGCAGGCCACUGAAAGUGCUGACGUUUCACAUACACACACACCCUUAGUUCUCAUCAGUCGCAGCUUGUACCAUUCACUUUUCUGGCUAACCAACUCUCUUGAAAUAAGUUUAUUUGGCCGGUCGGUAUUACUGAUAAAAGCAUCGAAUCAUUGCCUUGAGUUGAGUUGACUAGGAGCAGAAGAAAUGAUCCUCUCUAUAUUUUAUGGAAAACUAUUUAUAGACAUUAUUAUAUUAUUAUAACUAUUGAAAAUAUUUUCACCAUCAUGCAUAGCUAUAGAAUAUAGCGUUCAUAUGUGAUGCACGAUAUCGUAUUCAUAGUAGAGGCUUUGCACCAUCACGUGAUGGCAGCCAUGACAGGAGGCACAAUUGUAGAAUCUUUUUUUUCCCUGGGAAACUGAAUUCUUUUCUC